AUGCUUGACUCCCUCCUCUACCGUCGGGAUGUCGCAUCUUUUUCACCAAGGGCAAUAUUGCGUGCGGCUGAGGCUCAGAAUGGAAAGGAUACUAGUAGUACAGCUCGAAAAUCACUAGAAGCAGGGUUGGAGCUUGAAGGCUGCAUUUAUAAUGAGGUAGCGCCGUUGGCCUUGGCGGCAGAAAACGGCAACCAUGAAGUCGUCAAGCUGAUUCUCGCUUAUGAUAAGAGUGUUAGCCCUGACCAGGAGAACCCGGAUGAAGAAACACCACUGAUUUGUGCGGCAAAACAUGGACACGACUUAGUGGUCAAGGAACUACUUUCAACUGGUAGAGUCAACGUCAACUUUAACUGCUUUGAUUUCACCCCGCUUUGCCAUGCGGCAUGGAACGGCCAUAAAGCAGUUGUAAAGCUGCUUCUUGAUACCGAUGGUAUAGAUUUGGAUCACGCUCUUCCCGAUGGCCGAACAGCUAUAUGCUUAGCAGCAGAGUCAGCCUAUGAGUCCGAGUCGAUUGUCAACCUUUUGAUCGCAGCAGGAGCCGAUCUAGGUGGUAAAGGACCUACCAGGCUAUCACCACUUUUAGCAGCAGCGCGGUACGGAUGUGAGUCGAUGGUGAGGACACUGCUGGCCACAGGCAGAGUCAACCCAAACACUACGGACAGCGAGGGCGAAUCACCACUAUCUUUGGCGAGAAAGUAUGGCCACGAAGCGGUUAUCAAGAUCCUAGAACUGAAACUUGACAGGUGA